CUAUCAUCUAAUAGUACGAAAACAAAAAAGAGAGAAAAAAUAUAUAGCGUGUUAUAGAAAUGGCAAAAAUAUAUCCAAAUAAUAAUAAUAAUCACUCGAGUAAUUCUAAUUGCGAUUACUCGUUUGAAAGAGAAACAUACACUGUAUGGAUGAAAUCGCUCGUGUUCCAUGGCAAUGGCUGCACCGUUUUUAAUACCAAAGGCGACGUUGUUUAUCGAGUCGACAAUUAUCAAAAAAGAUGCGGCAAUCGAGUCUUUCUCAUGGAUGCCAAUGGCAAAGUCUUGUACUCAAUAAAUAGAAAGAAAAUGCAUAUUUUGGGAUGUUGGGAAGGUUAUAAGUGGAAAGGUAACUCGAAGGUCAACAAUGGGAGACCGUGGUUUCAAGUGCAAAGAAACUCGGCGAUUUUGAGCAAAGACAUGUCUUACAAAGUCACAUUUAAAUGCAGAGAGGAAAAUGAAUGCAAAAUUAUUGGGUCAAUACAAGGGAAAUCAGCACUUAAAAUUGUAGACUCCUCAUGCCACCUUCUUGCAGAGGCUGUACAAAAGCAGUCAUCGGGAGUUAGUUUGGGAGAAGAUGUGCUGAGACUGACGGUGGAGCCAAAGGCAGACCAAUCUCUUGUAAUGGCUCUUGUUACAGUUUAUAGCAUGAUCAACAAUAAGCUGUGAUAUCAUGUAUAUGUGAAUAAAUUAAUUAGUGACUUUACUUUUUGUAAUAAGGGGAGAUUAAAUUAAUAGACAAUUUUUGGUGUAAAUUAAGUAGCUUUACUCGAGACUUAUGUAAUUUGUAUAGGUUUGGGUUUAUACAUGUAAUUCAAAUACUUCCGCUCAUUUUUAUUCUUCUUCUUAUAUAUUUAGUAGAUUUUUCAUUGCUAAUUGAAA